CAAUCUCCACUCUAGUGUUUCUCAGACUCAAACAUGGGGUGGCUCUCAGAGGAGGAACCAUUUAGCCAUAACCACAACUACUUCAUUAAAGAUAGUGUGCCCUCAUCAGAAUACUCAUUAUUUCCACAUCAAUUCUCUUCACCACAAUCACAACCGCCGCAACCGCAACCGCAACUACAACUACAACCUCCACAACCACAGGUUGAGCUUGAAAAGCCUACUGCAACAUCCCCUGAUGACCCUAUCAUAGUCAAGAAAAUUAGCCACAAUGCUAAUGAACGUGAUCGCCGCAAGAAGAUCAAUAGCAUAAUUUCUUCACUCCGUUCACUUCUUCCGGUGGAAGAUCAAACGCAUAAAAAGAGCUUCCCGGCCACAAUUACCAAAGUUCUGAAAUACAUACCUGAGCUACAACAGGAGGUGGUAGGACUGAGUGAGAGAAAAGAGGAGCUUCUAUCAAUAAUUUCUCAUCAAUUUAAAGAAGUAAACAAAGAAUCUCUAGGGAAGAAGAUUAUCCAUCACAACUCAGAUUUUAUAGUCUCAAAUAGUUGGCUAAAUGAUAGUGAGGUUGCUAUUCAUAUUUCCACUUAUGAGGCUCACAAUUACAAGGUUCCACUAUCAGAUAUCUUACUUUAUUUAGAAAACAAUGGGCAUUUUAUGCUGAAUGCUUCUUCCACUGAAACCUUUGAAGGAAGGGUCUUCUACAACUUGCAUUUCCAGGUGGAAAAAGCUCAAAGGUUAGAUUCUAAUAUUCUAACUCAGAUGCUUCUGUCAAUACAUGAGAAGAAGAAGAAGCAAAGGAUUUUCUCAUCAAAUAUGCGUUUGCUGAAGAUUAAUCGAUCUUCACUGCUCUGAUAUUUUAAGUUUGAGAAUAUAUAAUUUUGGCUCCCAAUAAUCUGUUGGGAAGCACAAAUUGAAGUUUAGAAAGGAGCGCUACAUGUCCUACUAUAUAUGGUUUGGUAAAAAAGCAACUAGCUAGGAGGAAGUGCAUGGAAUUUAACGUACAUUAAACAUUUAAACAUAAAUAAUACGAAAGAUGUACGUUGCCGUAGGUGGAAAUGUAAUGGAAAAUAAAGUAAUUGUGUGAUUGAAUAAUAUAUUUAUUUUGAUAUAAUUCAUUGAAUUGGAAUUACAUGGGCUACUUCAACCCAAUUACAAAAAGAAAAGGAUUACAACAAGAGGGAAAAUAGAGAGUAAAAGGAUUGCUCUCAUGAUAGCAGAACCAGGCCUAAAAUGCAAGAGUAAAGCACCCAAACCCACUAAUCUACCAUUGACUAAGCUCCAGAUUACAGUUGAAAAAACGCACAGCUCCACACAAGCAACAAUUACAUUCCACAGAGUCCCACACUUAACAUAUUUAUCACAAUAUCACAUAUGAUGCAACUCUCUUAGGUGCUAAUUAAAUGACAAAUCCCCACAAUAUGUUACACCUCUGUGAAUAUCCUUCAAUUAACACGAAAGCCAGUACCACCCAACUGAAGAAUAGGAACAAUCAAAUCUAGGAUAUAAUAAAGCCUUAAAGGAAUCAACAUGAGAAGUCACAUUGUCAGCAAUUCAAACCAACAUCUCCAACAUAUUAAUGUACUACAGUGGGCAGAGAACACAAAAAAUGAACAACACCAACUCCGCCAUACAAGGAUAAGCUUCCAUUAACAGUGAACAAAAUUCAGACAGAUAGAGGAUUCAUUCUCCAUUCAAAGAUAAAGUGAAAACCACCUACCUUAACUUUACACCACAACCAGAUUUUAUACUGAAUUGACUCAAGAAUUCCUGCACUGUCUACUAUCCCAUCCUUGAAAACAAUUCUGUUUCUGAGGGACCAAAUUGAACCCACAGUUGCCACCCAAAUCAUCCUACAAAUAUUAUCCACCUUUUUGCAGCCGAUCACAUGUUGGGAGAAAUGGUCCUCUCCAUUCUCUGGCAGAACUGUAGAAAGACCAAACCACCCAAAACUUGCUUCCACAGUUUCCAAGACAAAGGGCACAAGAAGAAAAGAUGAGAAGAGGACUCCUUCUGCUGAAGACACAGCACGCAGGUAGUAGAAGCAGAGGGGAGUAAAGCAUUCCUUUUCGAAGGUUUCCCUUUGUUUGAACCCGGUUGAGAAGGACUUUCCAUGCCAACUUGCCAAGGCAAUAAGGUUAGAUGGAGCUUUAGUCGCCCAAAGGUUGAUAAACACCUUCUUACCUUCUGAAUCCUCAAAUUCUCCACGGAGAAUGUCAUUGGCAGAACUGACCGAGAAAAUACCAGAGUAGUGUAAUCCAAAGUCUCGAGUUCGAGUCUUUGUAUGGAAAGUUAAAAAACUAUGUUUGGAGGGUUAGCCACCCAGAAUGCAUAUAACAUUAUGUUUGUGUUGAAUAAUAAAAUCUGUAUUACUACUGAAUAUAAGAAACAUUAAUGAUUAAUGUCACCAAAAUUUACAUCAGUAGAGAUCUCGUUCAAUGUUGCCGAAAAAAAUGAGCAUUCAGGUAACAAUUUCCCAAGUCACAAGAUACAUACGUGAGUUGCAACAACAAGUAGAAGGACUGAUUAAGAAACAAGAGGAGCUUGGGUCAAAAAUUUAUCGGCAACGCGAUGAUGCAAUGAACUAAAAUGGCAAUUCCUCAUGACAACUUUGAUUUCAUAGUUUCAACGAAUUGGCUGAUCAAUGAUAAUGAGGCUGCUAUUCAUAUUUCCUCUUGUGACGUUCACAAGACUCCACUAUCUGAGAUCUUGCUGUAUUUAGAAAACAAUGGCCAUUUUCUGCUGAAUGCUUCUUCCUCUGAAACUUUUGAAGGAAGGCCAGAAGGGUCUUCUAUAACUUGCAUGUUCAAGUAAGUUCAAUAAUACUUCUUUUGUAAUUAUCAUUUUAAUGCAAGUUUUAACUUAUAAGUCAGAGAACUAUUAAAUGUCCUCUGCUGUUUCUACAGGUGGAAAAAGCUCAUAGAUUAGAGUCUGGUAUUCUAACUGAAAAGCUUUUGUCAACAUAUGAGAAGUAGCAAAGAAUUUUCUAAUCAAAUUAGUGA